AUGCAGCAGCAACAGCCGCAGCAAAAGCAGAAACAGCAGCAACAGCAACAACAGCAACAGCAACGGCAGCGGGAACAACAGACACAGCAGCAGCAGCAGCAGCAGCAGCAGCAACAGCAGCAGCAGCAACAGCAGCAGAAUAUAGAGGGGGUGAAGGGGCUCGUGUUACUGUGGCUCCCAUCUCUAUACGCAGGUGGGGGUCCACCAGGAGGACCUGAGCAGCAGCAGCAGCAGCAGCAGCAGCAGAUGCAGCAGCAGCAGCAGCAGCACAUGCAGCAGAUGGAGCAGAUGCAGCACAGCAGCAGCAGCAGCAGCAUCCACAGCAGCCAACUUCGUCUCAGCAGGCACCACCAGCCGCAGCAGCAGCAGCAACAGCAGCAGCAGCAUAUCCAGCAGCAGCAGCAGCAUCAGCAUAAGGAGCAGCAGCAACAGCAGCAUGAGCAGCAUCAGCAGCAGCAGCAGCAGCAGCAGCAGCAGGAGGAGGAGGAGACUGAAUCUCACAAGCAUUCUUUGUUGUUUAUUUAG